AAAGAUAAUGUCACCCUCACAAUGGGAGCGGAUCGAGUCUACACAUACAGAACAAUGAAUAAACUCAUAAUCCAGUCUGUAACAGACUCUGACAGUGGUGUCUACACCUGCAGAGGACAAAGACAGAACUCUCAGAGCUCAGAGAUCAGUGCUCCUGUUACACUGACUGUAUCAGAGAGGCCUAAAGCUGUGGUGUCCAUAACACCUGAUACACAUGUUUUUAUUGGGGACAGAGUUACUGUCAGAUGUGACAUACAGGGAGGAGGAGACACUCAGUGGACAUACAGCUGGAAUAAGGAUAAACGCUACAGAGGCAAUGUGAAUCAGGAGUUCACAAUCUCAUCUGUUAGAGACUCUGACAGUGGUGUCUACACCUGCACAGGACGGAACAGUAACUCUCAGAACUCAGAGACCAGUGACGCUGUUACACUGACUGUAUCAGAAAAACCCAAACCGACUCUGAGAGUGAAUCCUCAGCACCCAGUCUACACUGGAGACACCGUCACUCUGACCUGUGAUCUGCAGCACGGCGCUGGAUGGAAGUUUAUCUGGUACAAAUAUAAUCAGCCUCUAAGUGGUGAACAAAAAUCCACAAACACACUGAGAGUAACAGUUGAUAAAUCAGGAGAAAUAGAGUACGAUUGUUGUGCAUACAGAGGAGACUACUACACAGACUGCAGUGAACCUGUCAAGAUUACAGUGAAAGAGAGGCCUAAAGCUGUGGUGUCCAUAAAGCCUGAUACACAUGUGUUUAUUGGGGAGAGAGUUACUGUCAGAUGUGACAUACAGGGAGGAGGAGACACUCAGUGGACAUACAGCUGGAAUGAAGAUAAAGGAUCCAGAGGCAACAUGAAUCAGGAGUUCACAAUCUCAUCUGUUAAAUACUCUGAUGGUGGUGUCUACACCUGCACAGGACAGAACAGUAACUCUCAGAACUUAGUGAUCAGUGACGCUGUUACACUGACUGUAUCAGUAAAACCCAAACCGACUGUGAGAGUGAAUCCUCAGCACCCAGUCUACACUGGAGACACCGUCACUCUGACCUGUGAUCUGCAGCAGGGUACUAGAUGGGAGUUUAUCUGGUACAAAUAUAAUCAGCCUCUAAGUGGUGAAUCCACAAACACACUGACAGUAACAGUUGCUGAAGCAGGAGAAAUAGAGUACCGGUGUAAAGCAUACAGAAGAAACUACAACACAGACUACAGUGAACUUGUCAAGACUACAGUGAAAGUAAAACCCAGACCGACUGUGAGAGUGAAUCCUCAGAACCCAGUCUACACUGGAGACACCGUCACUCUGACCUGUGAUCUGCAGCGCGGCGCUGGAUGGGAGUUUAUCUGGUACAAAUCAUAUCAGCCUCUAAGUGGUGAACAAGAAUCCACAAACACACUGAAAGUAACAGUUGAUAAAGCAGGAGAAAUAGAGUACCGGUGUAAAGCAUACAGAGGAGACUACUACACAGACUACAGUAAUCUUGUCAAGACCACAGUGAAAGAGAGACCAGCAGUACUGAGUGUAUCUCCACAGAGCUGGCUGACUGAAGGAGACUCAGUGACUCUAAGCUGUGAGGUUACAGACUCCUCUACAGACUGGACAUUCAGCUGGUACACAGUUGUUCCCUACAGAGACAGUACUGGCCAAAUCAGCUAUAAAUUAAUUCCCCUCUCAAACAGCAGCAGAGGAUCUGGAGGCUCCUACACUCUCAGUCCUGCUGCUCUUAAUCACACAGGAGUUUAUGUGUGUAGAGGAGAGAGAGGAGAACCAGCCUUACACACACAGUACAGCAAUCUACAGACACUAUGGAUCACUGGUGAAUCUCCUCCAGUCUCUCUGAUCAUCAAUCCCAACAGAACUCAACACUUUACUGGUCAAUCUCUCACACUGAGCUGUGAGGACCAGAGUAACUCUACUGGAUGGACAGUGAGACGAUACACACACAGUGAGGGAGUGUCAGAUUGUUCAUGGUGGGGCUCAGUUACAGGAUCUACAUGUAAAAUCAGCUCCCUCUCCACAUCCCACACUGGAGUUUACUGGUGUAAGUCUGAAUCUGGAGAAAACAGUAAUCCUGUCAACAUCACAGUGCAGGUUGGUAAUGUGAUCCUGGAGAGUCCUGUCCAUCCUGUGACUGAGGGACAUCCUCUGACUCUACGCUGUUUAUAUCGCUACACAAAUCGCUCAAAACUCCGAGCUGAUUUCUAUAAAAAUGAAUCAGUUGUCCAGAACCAGACUACAGGAGAGAUGAUCAUCCAUAAAGUCUCAAAGUCAGAUGAAGGUUUCUACCACUGUAAACACCCAGAGAGAGGAGAGUCACCAAAAAGCUGGGUCUCAGUCAGAGCCUCAGUCUCAGGUUCUAGAUCCAGUGGUGGAACAGUAGGACUUGCUGUGGGUUUGGUGUUUUUGUUCAUCGCUUUACUGAUCUUAAUGAUCCUGCUGUGGUUCUACAAAAGAACAAAAGACACUCAGCAGAAAAACAAUCAGACAUCAGAGCAGAAUCAGAGCCGGUCAGGAGCUGAAGACUCUCAGGCAGCGUAUACACCACUUCAGCCUGGAAGUGAAAACAUUUAUUCCACUGUGGAUCAGACAGGUGAAGCUGCAGCUGAGAGCAAUGAAGCCACUUACUCACUGGUCACGAUGGGGAAGGAGACAAACACAAACAAGGGUCCUGAUGCUUAUGUGACUUAUGCUAAGAUCGAACUAGAACCAGUGAAAAAAUCAGAGCGAGCAAAAGAUAAAUAA